UGCGCCUUCCACGCAGGCCUGGCGUUUUUCUUCCUGCUACGCCUGUUUUGCCCCUAUCAGUUUUCAUUUUUUUUAUCUUUAUUCACAACGCUGCAUAGCAAGCUGCUCCUAUUGGUAGGCCUGGUAAUAGGCGUGGGACCUGCUGCAGAACCGCUUCCUGCUGGCGCAACACGAGUGGAUGGCAAGGACGGCGCAAGACGCGCUCCUGGUCAUUUGAGAAGCAUCUCAUGGGCGAACACAAGACAUGUCAGCGUCGAUAUAACAGCCGCGCCACCGAAGCUCCUGAUCCCGAGCUCUGCCGUGGUACAAGCAUCAGGGAGCACGCCUCUCGAUACAGGGCCUAAUUACCACCCUGUAGAUUUUCUGCCUUUUUCAACUGGAACACCAACGCACGAAUCACUCGUGCUCAUACCGAGCCCCGUAUACGGACCUUUCGCCACACCUUUCCACGUGCCAUUAUCUUACCACCCUAUGCCACCAUUUUCUCUGUCUGUGCCAUAUGUGAUACAAAGGCACCCGGUCCUUGGCUUUGACAACGCCAGAUACCAGUUUGAGAUAUACCACAGUCCAACAUCCUUCGUACCAUUGCUAUAUCUCCCUCCACUUCCGCCACCUCCUCCCGGUUACCCGCCUCUGCCUCCCCUACCUGGUCGCCCCGGGACGCUUCCGUCGCCCUCUCCGUCUCCGAAGCCGCCAAGACUUCCGAAGCCUGAGCUGCCACCAACUCGGAAACCUCAGUUUCCUCCUAAGGUGCCUUCACCUCCCCAGCAGCCACCAAAGUCGCCGUUACCGACGCCGUCUCCUCCCAUCACACCAGCGCCCCCAAAGCGACCCGUGCCGCCCCCAAGAAAGCAGCCGCGACCACCGACAGUCAGACCACCGCCGCAACCAUUGCCGGUUCCCAAACCACUCCCAGUGCCGAAGCCAGCGCCUAGGCCUCCUUCCUUACCGAAACCUCAAACUCUGCCGAAGCCAGUGCCUAGGCCUCCUUCCGUGCCGAAACCGCCAACCCCGCCCAAGCCUGAGAGAAAGCCGGAGCCCCCCGAAAGAGUGCCUGGUCCUCCUUCCGUGCCAAAACCUCCAACUCUACCCAAGCCUGAAAGAAAGCCGGAACCCCCCGAAACAGUGCCUAGGCCUCCUUCCGUGCCGAAACCUCCUACUUUGCCCAAGCCUGAGAGAAAGCCAGAGCCCCCCGAAAAAGUGCCUAGGCCGCCUUCCGUACCCAAACCUCCAACUCUGCCCAAGCCUGAGAGAAAGCCGGAGCCCCCCGAAACAGUGCCUAGGCCUCCUUCCGCGCCGAAACGUCCAACUCUGCCCAAGCCUGAGAGAAAGCCGGAGCCCCCCGAAACGGGACCAGUUCCCUUGCCAGAGGACGAGGACGAAACUGAGAUAGCCGACCCACAAUCGGAUCCACCUGUGCUCUACGGAGAUAAUACUCCUGGACGGGAAGAAUUUACGAGUUACUACGAACCCGAUGUACUUUCAGCCCAUGUUGCUGCGGAAAAAGUCGCCGAUGCCGUCAGUACUACAGCAAGUGAUUUUAUCGGUCUUAGUGGUACACUUCAUUCGAAGACGCAACCGGAGUCUUCUGCUUACAAUAGCCACGUCGUGGAAGUAUGAAGUCUGGCAAUCUCAUGCUGAACGUUUAUUCGUGCAGUGAAUCGAUUCCUUAACUUCCCCCAUGAGUCGCGUUAUUUAACAAUACAUUCAUUUGACGCCCAUGCUAACAAAAAUGAUCUCGCUUCCUAAUAACGAUGUUCCACGCACCUCUAUUACUUAUUAUAAACACAUAUUUAUUU